AUUGAAUUACGAAGCAUGGAGGCUGCCAUGAUUGUUUGUUUGGCCGAAGUCGAAGCUAAGAAAGCGCCCCCAAUUUUACCCGCUCGAGUUUUAGCACGUUCGUCCAAAAAGAUCAAGUCGAUCGCGUUUGACAAGAGAAAGGAUUAUUUAUUUUGUACAGUACUCGUUUGUUUGAUCUGUUGGGAGGUUAACUUCUUAAAUAUGUCCAGAAGAAGAAAAUACAGUGUAGAUGAUGAUGAUGUCGCGCAACCAUUCAAUAAACGAAGAAAGUCAGUUCAUGAUGAGAUUGAAGAAAGGCUUGAGUCUCUUAUCACUAGAGUUGGGGAGAAGAGCACAUCCUCCUUGGAAAGCAACUUAGAGGGGCUUGCUGGUGUCUUGGAAGCAGAUGUACCUAAUUACAAGCACAAGAUUAUUGAUAUCCUGUCCAUCUGCGCAUCUGACUUGCCUGAAAAGACUACAGUUUACACCACCCUUGUAGGUCUACUGAAUACCAAAAAUUACAACUGUGGUAGAGAGUUUGUGGAAAAUCUGUUGCGAAAGUUAAAAGAAGCCUUAAAAGCUUGUGAUUGGAUAAGAUCGCAUACCAUGAUCCGUUUCAUGAGUGAUCUUGUCAAUUGUCACGUGGUAGAUCACAGCUCGAUCAUCGCUAUGUAUGAGACAUUUUUAAGUGCAACGCAGGAGGAUGGAGUCCCACAAGUACGAAUGGAUUGGUUUGUGUAUGUUGUGCUUUCAUCGUUGCCAUGGUCAGCACAUGAACUUCAUGAUAAGAAACCUCAGGAACUUAAUAAAAUUUUAAACACUAUUGAAAAAUACAUUGGUCAGCGUAAACACAACCAUAUGGCAAUGCUAAGAGUAUGGAUGUUGGAUGCGCCACAUCGCCAAGAAGAUUACAUUGACUCACUGUGGGCACAGAUUGGCAAGAUGCGUCGAGAUAAAUGGACAGAGAAGAUUAUACAGAGACCAUACCUAGCAUUUGAUGGAGUCAUGUCAGAGGCCCUGCAACAUACCCUACCAAAGUUUACCCUUCCCUUGCACUCACCAGAAAUUUUAUAUCAACCCCCUAAAGUUGUGUUCAGGAUGUUUGACUACACUGAUGUUCCUGAGGGCUCUCCCACCUUACCUGGUAUCCAUUCUGUCGAACGCUAUUUAGUGGAGGAUCACCUGGGAAUCAUCAUUGAAAACUUCUGGAAAGAGAGAAAAGAAUGUGCUGCCCAGCUAGUCAGCUUUCAUGCAAAGCACAAGGUGCCUCUUAACUACAUGAUUGUUGAGGUUCUCUUCUCUCAGUUCUUCCGGCUGCCAUCGUCACCUCGCAUUGAGAUCUUCUAUACAACCUUGUUCCUGGAACUCUGCAAGCUCCAGCCCAGCUCUUUGCCUCAAGUUCUUGCCCAAGCAGCAGAGAUGAUGUUUGAACGUCUGGAUUCAAUGAACCUUAGCCUUAUCGAUCGCUUUAUUAACUGGUUUGCUCACCAUCUAAGCAACUUCCAGUUCCGAUGGAGUUGGGAUGAUUGGACUGAUUGUUUGAACUCUGACCCAGAGCUGCCAAAACCAAAGUUCAUCAAGGAGGUACUGAAGAAGUGCCGGCGAUUAUCUUACCACCAGCGAAUCAUGGAUAAUGUUCCAGAGAGCUUUAGCCUACUGUUCCCAAAGGAACCAAAACCAGUGUACAAAUAUAAACUUGAAGGGGCAAGUCAGUUGCCUGGCAACAUGAUGGCCCAUCAGUUGAUUGAUGCAUUUAAAUCGAGGGCCACACCCGACGAUGUCAUCAAGUUACUCAAAGACACCCCUAACCCAAACAAAGAUGAAUAUGCAUUUGACGACGAUUCUGGAUUUAAUCCUGUAAAAAUUGAUGUGUUUGUGCAGACAUUGUUUAACUUGGGCAGCAAAUCAUUCUCACAUUCUUUCAGUGCUCUUGCAAAGUUUUAUCCAGUGUUGAAAUCAUUGGCUGAUUCUCAAGAAGCUCAAGUUUAUAUCCUGCGUAUGUUACAUGAACUUUGGUGUAACCAUGAACAGAUGAUAAUUGUACUUGUUGACAAGAUGCUGCGGACACAGAUUGUCGAAUGUGCUUCGGUGGUAAAUUGGCUGUUUUCUGUGGAGAUGAGAGAUCAGUUUACAAGCAUGUACAUGUGGGAGAUAUUACAUUUAACUAUUCGUAUUAUGAACAACCAUGUGGGCGAACUGGAGUCUGAAUUAAAAUCCUCACACAAAAAGCAACAUCGAGUGGGAAAGCAUUAUAGUCAAGUCUUCAAAUACAUCACCACACUGGAAAGUCUUAUCUUCACAAGCGAUAUCGAUUCCAACAUCUUGGAAGUCUUUAAUCAAUUCCGAGCUAUGACAUCAUAGAUUGCCUGAGAAAUCUUCAUAGUGUAACUGCCUCAAGUAUACUGUCCUCACAGUGAAGCUGAGUGUUGCAGCCAUUGUGUCCGUGGCACUGCCUCCUCAUUGGUACUGCUCUCCGUGUUCAUAUCCUUGACAUUUGAAAACUUGGAACUUACUCAUAGAGAUAUUACAGAAAUACGAAAGUGUUAACUCUAAUGCAUUCAACUCUCAGAACCACAACACUUGGCAUAAUAUCUGUUCCAAAUGUUUGACCACAAAGUUCUAAAAAGAAUGACUAAAGUGUUAAUUUGAAUUACUGAGUAAUACAAGAAUACAGUAUAUCAUGGUGUAUACCUGUGAAAGGAAUACACUUUGAGAUUUUAUCAAAUAAUGUUUUUUUUUUUUUAUGGGUCUGACAUACGAAAUAUAUGAUAAUGUAUAUAUGGCAUGUCUUGAAAUUACCAUUAUCUGUAACAAACUUAUAAUUGCUAAAUACUUGAUGUACAAUAUAAAGCUGUUCAUCAGACUUGACAACAAUGUUUGAUCAGUUAAUAUCUAAUGAAGUACAACAUUGUCAGCAGCUUAAGCUGUCAUAAAUUGUUUGAUCAAAUUUUUUUUUUGAGUUUGACAAACAAGAUGUGAUGUGUUUACCUGGCUGUAGUAUUGUGUCUAAUCUAAUUACCAUUAUCAUUGAUAAGAAUGUCAUGCUUAAUUGAUGUCCAUGAAGAUUAAAACAAGCUAAUUAUUUUUACAUUUUUGAUACAAGCAAUAUGAGCAUUGAGUUAACUGAAUUGCCCUCAAGUCUAGUUGAAGCCUGUUUUCCAUAAAAUAGCUGUAGUGUCGCUACAGGGUAUUCACUGCAGUUGUUAUACUGUGUACAGUAGCUGUCCCUGGUGCCAACAGGAAUCCUGUUCCCUGAAUUGACCAACCAGUCAUUAUCGUACAAAAGCUGUUAGUGGUAACAUGUAGAAAUUUUUAUGAAAACCAGGCUUAAUAUAUCUUGUCAUUUUUAGAUGAAAAUUUGUUAUUAAUGUUGUAAAUAAUAUUAUUGUCAUUGUCAAGUAGGCUUAGCAAAUUUGACCACAAAAUUGUAUCUAAAAUUUUUAGAUUUGUCUCUAUGAACCUAAGGUUUAGUUGCAUAUUUCCUGUUGUGACACAGAAUGUAACAGGAUUUUCCCUUUUUUAUUUAGUGUUUUAUUCUUAAUUUUGAUAUUUUAAUACAAUAAUAUGCUAUUUUUACAAACAUGUUUUUUUAUUUUUAUUGCAAGAUAAUAAACAAAGUCCCUCACCAUUUUAAAUGCACAUCAAAAGAACAAUUCAAAAUACCGGUAGUUGAAUAUGUUUUUUUUUAACCUGGAUAAUCCAUAUAAUUUAAACGUUUACUCAUUUGAUGUUUCAGUUUCCCAGAAAACCAAUAUACAAAUUGAGUUGAUAAAUAAUGUGAGUUAUCAAUAAGGUAGCUAAUAAUUAUGUGACGAAUAUUGAUUUGCCCAUAUAUGGGUGUGAUAAUGUGUCCAUAUGUGCAAAUCAGAUAUUUGUCACAGAAAAUAAUUUGAACAGAGAAUUUAGCUUGGUGGUUAGGGUGCUUACCUUUGGAUCCAGAGUGCUGGGUUCAAAUCCUGUUAAAGUCAAUUUAUGUUUCCUUGAUAUGAAAACUCCGCCCUACACCCCAGUCCAGAGUUAUCAAAUUUUAUUUGAAAAAAACAUGACACGCCUAAAUAUGGUCAUGUUGACAUCACAUCAUGACCAUGUAUAGGCAUACCAUGACUAUAUAUAGGGAUUUUUUGUCAAAAAAAUGUGAUAAUCUGAAUAGAGCUUUAGCCUAGAGUAUCGUAUUUGAGAGAUUAAUGAAUUUUUAUCAAUUCCUAAAAAACUAGUUUAUUUCCACUUGAAUAUUUACUUCAAAGGCCAUUUUAUUGAUUUUUAUGCUUUGAAUUGUAAAUUUGUAGACGGUCUUAUAGGGUAUUUCUUUUUUUAUUUUUAAAUUGAAAGUUACAAUUUAAGCAAUUGAAAAAAAAUACAAUUCAAAUUCGUAAACAGUGAUUUAGGUUGGAAGAAUGUCUGCUUUGUUGUAAAUUUAAUUUUUUUGUAAGAAAUAAAUAAAACUGAUUGAUUAUGUCUUUCUGUUAA